GGUGAGAGGAGCUGGAACGCACAGUUCUCGGCUUUGUAUGUGGAAUCCUGUGUGACAGACAUUAGAGCCGAGUUAUCUCUGUGCCUGUGAGGACGUAGAGGAGACGAGGCGCUGCUGGUACAGGCUGUCAGCAAGAUCCCUGUGAUGAAUAUUGACUGCAGCGUACGGGAGGAUGGAUGACAAGAGACGUAGGGCGCGAGUGCAGGGAGCGUGGGCAGGACCUGCCAAAAAUACCGCUCGUCCUGCAUCUCGGCCUGUCCUUACAGCCGCAAAGCCCCAGCACUGGGGAAGUGACCAGGUCGUUCCGGACAAGCAGUUUGUAUAUAAAGAGCCAGCAGAGGUGAACCGAAAAGUGCCGGAGCCCCGCAUCAUUGAGAAGGAAGGCGCCUAUGACAUCGGCACGACUGCGUCUGGGGUGUCCAGGCUCCGGCUCUUCCCCCGGUUCAUUGACCCCAAAGAAGCAGACUGGAUGUUCAAACAAUUACACAGAGAGAUCCCCUGGUCACAGAAAACCAACAUCAGGCCAGAUGGACCUUACCAGGAACCACGACUGACCUGCUGGUACGGGGAGGUCCCUUACACUUACUCCCAUUCGACAAUGCAGGCCAAUCCUCACUGGCAUCCUCUGCUGACCAUGCUGAAGCACCGUAUAGAGGAGGUGACCGGCUACACCUUCAACUCCCUGCUCUGCAACCUGUACAGACACGACAAGGACAGCAUCGACUGGCACAGCGACGAGGAGCCGGAUUUGGGCAGGAAUCCCAUCAUCGCCUCUUUGAGCUUCGGGGACACCCGCGUGUUCCAGAUGAGGAAGAAACCUCCACCUGAGGAGCAUGGAGAUUACACGUAUGCAGAGCGAGUGCAUGUACCGCUGGACCAUGGAAGCCUCCUGCUGAUGGAGGGAGCAACACAAGAAGACUGGCAGCACCGGGUGCCAAAAGAAUAUCACGACCGGCGGCCCCGGAUCAACCUUACGUUCCGGAUUAUGUUCCCAGAAGAGAGGCGAUAGAGAAGCCUGACCCCUGGAGGAUGUUCUGUGAACUUCACUGACCAUCGUGGGAUCAAUUCUCUCCAUGAUCUGAUGAAGUAAACCAAGCUGCGGUAUAUUCUGCUGUCAAGAAUUUACUGGAAUGUUAUUUUUUUUUUUGUUUCAUUGUACUUAAUAAUAAUUUAAGAGAGUGAUUAAAAAGCAUAUGUGUA